GGUGGAGAUGGCGCUGAGUUCUGACCAUGGCCCGGUCCAAUCAACAUCUUCGGCAGUUGCUGGGACCGCUGCUCCCGCACAAGGAUGAGGUGGAGGAGGACGGUGAUGACCCGCGGGAGGAGGUGGAGGAGGAUGAAGACUCCGUGUUUGUCGACGCGGAGGAGCUCUGCAGUGGGGGCAUCAAGGCUGGCAGCCUCCCCGGGAGCAUCCGGGUUACCAUUCCCGAUGAACUCACUGGAGAGCAAUGUGAAGUGCUUGGACGUUUUCCAAUAACUGGUCCUUGGUGGCGAGUGAAAGUGCAUGUGAAGCCAGUGGCAUCCAAGAGUUAUCAAGUUCAAGGUCACCCAUCAUACUUUUUACAGUCUGACAUGUCACCACCAAAUCAAAAAAGUAUCUGCUCCCUCUUUCUGAAAGAGUGUGAGGUCCCCGUUGAGACCAUAAGUAAGUUUUUAGCUUGGAUAAAGCACGUAUCAAGCUAUAAACACCUGAACUUUGAAAAUCUUCCGGACACAUUAAGAACUUUCUACAGAGAAAUCCAAAGGAAGGAUACAAAAAAGUCUGCGAGGAAUGAGCAAGAAGAUUUGGCAUCAGAGGAUAAGAUUAGUCUUCCUGUGGAAAAGCAGCUUCCGUUUAUAAAUGUAAUGAGAGCUUUGCAGUUUCCCAAAAUAAUGGAAUUCCUUCCAAUUCUUCUACCACGACACUUUAGACAGCUCAUAAACUCGGGUUCUGGAGCUGUGUUGGAAGCCAUAGAAGAGAUUUUAGGUACAGAUCCAUGGAAAUUGGGAUUUAGUAAAAUUACCUACAGAGACCUGAAGCUUUUGCGCUGUGAGGCCAGUUGGACAGCCUACUGUCAGUGCCCAUCUCUUCUGCAGUUGAUGAGUGAUCUGGAGAAGAAUGCAUUGGUCAUCUAUUCCAAGCUGAAGCAGAUAUGUAGAGAGUACGGGCACACGUAUGUUGAAGAAGCCGACUUAACUUCAGAAUUGGCAGAGCAAAUGUCUUUUCAGGAUGCCUGGCAGUCUCUGAAAUUUCUGAAGGAUAUUGGUGUGGUGACAUAUGAGAGGGGCUGUGUCUUUCUUUAUGACCUUUACCAGGCUGAAAAGGGCAUUGCUUUUUCCAUAUGUAGCCUGAUACAGAGACCUCCGUGGCACUUAUGUGUGGAUGUUAAGAAAGUGUUGGCAUCUCUCUGUACCACCAAACCAGAGGAGGCAAGAGAUGAGGAUGUGCUUGAAGAAAGUAAACCUGGUGAAACAAGAUUGGAAAAUUCCACAGAUAUUCUAAACUCGCAGGAUGCUGAUGACUUUAUUUGGAGUUGUGAAAAUGAAAUUGAUGCAGGAGUCAAUGAAAUGGAAUUAGAUCAGGACCAGGUGGCAGCUUUGGAAAUGAUUUGCGCCAAUGCUGUGACAGUCAUCAGUGGGAAAGGUGGCUGUGGGAAAACCACGAUUGUCAGCCAGCUUUUUAAGUGCUUACAGCAGCUGGAAGAAAGAGAAGUGGAAAAGGCAUGUGAAGAUUUUGAACAAGACCAGGAUGUUCCAGAAGACUGGGUUACCUUUACUGAGCAAAGUAAGCUGUCGAUGGACAAGGCUAUUGAGGUGUUGCUCACAGCACCUACAGGGAAAGCAACUGGCUUACUGAGAGAGAAAACCGGUCUUCCUGCUUAUACGCUAUGUCAGGUCAAUUACAGCUUCUAUUUAUGGGACAAAAAGCUGGUGAACAAGGAUAUGCCAUGGAAAUUUUCUUCAGUUAGAGUUCUGGUUGUGGAUGAAGGGAGUUUGGUAUCUGUAGGAAUCUUCAAAUCGGUUUUAAAAUUAUUGUGUGAGCACUCCAAACUUUCUAAGCUUAUUCUGCUUGGUGAUAUUAGACAGUUACCAAGUAUUGAACCUGGUAACUUGCUGAAAGAUCUUUUUGAGACUCUUAAGGCAAGAAAGUGUGCUAUUGAGCUGAAGACAAACCACAGGGCAGAAUCACAGCUAAUUGUGGACAAUGCGGCACAAAUCUCCAGACGCCAAUUUCCCAACUUUGAUGCUGAACUAAAUGUGUCUGAAAAUCUUUCAAUCCCCAUCUCAAUCCAAGAUAAGACAUUCAUUUUUGUCAGACUUCCAGAAGAGGAUGUCAGUUCUCAGUCAUCUAAAAACGAUCAUCCAUCUUAUUUAUAUUCUGCAGUUAAAACUUUACUCCAAGAAAGUGACUUUAAAAAAGCAGAAACAUCACAAUUCAUUGCAUUUAGAAGGCAGGACUGUGACCUAAUCAAUGACUGUUGCUGUAAGCAUUACACAGGCCGCCUCAUCCGUGACCACAAGAGGAGACUCAUAUUUGGAGUUGGUGACAAAAUCUGUUGUACUAGGAAUGCGUACCUCUCAGAUUUGCUCCCUGAGAGUGAUUCUGGUUCUCAGCAAAGUCACGACCAAGAAUCUGGAGGUGAUGCUCAAGGAGCUGGAGGUGACAGCCCUUGUGGGACUCCUCGUUAUUGUGCUAAAUCUAAGAAUGAACUUGAGAGUGGAAUUCGACUGUGCAAUGGAGAAAUAUUCUUCAUAAGGAAGGAUGUAACUGAUAUAACUUUCAGAAAGAGAAGACUUUUGACCCUAAGUAAUAUGGCUGGCUUGGAAGUAACCGUGGAUUUUGGAAAGCUAAUGAAAUACUGUAACAUAAAACAUGCGUGGGCCAGAACUAUCCACACCUUUCAGGGCUCGGAGGAAGACACGGUGGUGUACGUGGUGGGCAAGGCAGGUCGCCAGCAUUGGCAGCACGUCUACACAGCAGUGACCAGAGGCCGCCGCAGAGUCUACGUCAUCGCGGAAGGGUCUCAGCUCCUCAGCGCAAUCAGGAAACCCAAUCUUCCCAGGAAGACUCGGUUAAAACAUUUCUUGCAAAAUAAGCUCAGCGACAGCCCUGAGGCUCCAGCAGAUUCUGCUUCCCAGUCGAGUUGCUGUGGAGACGGGGCAGGACCUGGCACACAGCCUUCAGUACCCCGCGUCCCUCCAGCCAUCGCCAACACUGCCACCAGUGUCGACACCAGGAACAGGGCUUCUCCAGCUAAGAACGGGACGUUGGCCUUUGCUGCAGAAUGGCCUUGUCCCUCACUUGAUGACUUGGAAGCAUGUGAGGAGUUGGUACAAUCUCGAGGUUCCAAAAGAACCAGUGGGGCAAAUAUCUGCGAAAGUCCAAGCAAAGUUCUGAUGGUAGAAGAAUCAUCUCCACAAGUGUCAUCUAGACUUCAGAAUUUAAGACUAAAUAAUUUAACCCCUAGGCAACUUUUUAAACCCACAAAUAGUCAAGAAACUUAAUAAAAUGAGGUUGGUGGUUCCCACCUGUAAUCCUGAGUCUGAGGCAGAAGGAUUGAGUUUGUGGCCAGCUGGACAAUGUAACAAGACUCUCCCAAAACACAAGAAAACAUGACAACGAAAGAUUUACUGCAGAUUGAUCAGCAUACUACUUUUGGCUUCAAAGUUUCAGGCUCAAAGAUACUUUAAAUGUACUUGGUCAGAGGAGACAUUAAUGAUUUCAUCUGUCAUCAUGAGAACUUGUAGCAUUGGACAUAAUUAUGAGAGAAGAUACAUAUAUUUUGAAAGACCUGGUACUUU